CUCUCUCUCUCUCUCUCUCUCUCUCUCUCUCUCCACGCCCCUUAUCUUUCAUCACAGUCCUCUCAUAGGUUAUUGGCGAAGGUAACGGAAGGACCGGGGGCUUUAUAAAGAUCCACUUUAUUCACUCGGCCUCGCUGCCCGUUUUUAUUCCUUCGGUUAUCCCUGUUUCCACCAGCAAACAACAAAAUGCCCAGCAAGAGGAAGAAGAAUAAGCGUCGCAUGAGGAGGGUGCAGGCCCAGAGGAGAGCUCUUGAAGAGCAACAUGCCGCCAACCCGCCAGUCAAAACCAGCCCUGGGAUUGCAGUAAGUGUGCCCCCUGCAGCAUCCCCGAAGAAAGCGACUAAAACUCAAGCACCAGCUCCAGAAAAGGUCCCACAGGCCGUUCCCAUUGCUGUCCCCAUUGUGGAGACCCCCAAAUUAGAGCCAAAACCAGUUGUGCAAGAACCUGUUGCAGAGCCCGUCCCAGUCAAAGUAGAGGCACAAGAGCCUGAGGCUGUGGUGUUGGAACAGACUCCAGCAGAAGUUGAGGUUGAAGUACCAGCACCGGUCACUGAAGAAGCACCAGUUGUCGAGACCCCACCAGCGGUGUCGUCUGUAGUUGAAGCUGCUGUAGUACAGGAGGCUGAACCUGUCAUUCCUGAAACAGAACCAGUAACUGAGGUCACACCCCCAGCUGAGGCUCCAGGGGCAGCUCCUGCUGAGACUGAGGUUCAGUCAGUUGACACUACAGUCAUAACCACAGAGACUGAACAGACGCAUGAUGUCUGCGAGCCAGAGACUGAAGUGGAGGCUGAGGCCUUGGCAGAGGAAGUCACAGUCACAGAGGUGGAGGUGGAGGCAGAGGGGGCCGUCACAGAGGAUAUCUCCACGCCAGAGCCCGUGACUGAAGCCGCUGAGGAGCCGGUGGUUGAAGCUCAUACUAGUGACGAAGUUUCUGCUGAAGCAGAACCUGCUGCAGCUGAGGUGGUUACAGAAACAGUCGUGGAAUCAGUGGAGGAGGAUAUCACAGCGAUACCUGAGCCCGAGCAGGUGAUUGAAGCGGCUGUCAGUCCUGCAGCUGCAGCUGAGGAGGAAGAGGAUGAAGCUGAAGUAGAGGUGUUGGCUGAUGAAAGUGCGGCUGAAGUCCCUGCUGAGCCUGUCACAAUCGCAGAGGACGCUCCUGCUCAGUCUGUGGAAAUUCCAGUGGUGCCAGACGCCGUCCCUGAGGCUCCGGUAGAAGAGGCUGAAACUCCUGUAACUGAAGUGAAAGAGGCUCCUGCCACCCAGGAGGUUGCUGACACGCUGGUUGAUGACACACUGGUUGAUGACUUUGUUGUGACAGAAUCUGUCUCAGCAGUGGAGGUCGCCAUUGCUGAGUCUGCUGUUGUCCAGCAGGAAAGUGUGGCAAUGAGUGACACCCCCAGCGCCCAAACAGAAUCUAUGGAUGUGACCUCUGCUGAGCCUGAGCCAGAGCCUGAGCCUGAGCCUGAGCCUGUUACUGCCCCUGCAAUGGAAAUGGAUGCCAGUGCUGAGCAGACAUGUACGGAUGUGCUGUCAGAAGAACCUAAGUCAGAAAUCUGUGACAUUCCCUGUCAGAUGCAGCUGGCUGUGGAGUCUGUGCAGCUGAACUCAGUGGAGAUGUCAGUGGAGACAGUGCUGAAUGGACACAUCGUCCCAGAGGUCUCCAUUGAGGGCUAGAUCCACACCACGCAGCUUGGAAGCCCUUUUUUGUCUUUAUUCACCUUUGGUCAUUUGGAGGACUCAAAGCUUUAAAGGGAGUCAACCAGCUGACCUUUUUUAUUUUUUAGGGCUUACGACAGAACCGGCAGGAAAUCAAAGGAACAUCCACACUUUGAAGUGCCUUUCCUGUGUUGGUUCCUGUCAAAACACCAAACCAGAUGUCAACAUGCCAAAACCGCUGCAGUUAAGGCAGCAGAACAGACUGUUGUCAUAAGUUUGCAGAAACAGAAACAAACAUUUUGUGGGUCCUUUUAAGCUGUAUAUCUCCCAAAAAGUAAUGUACAGUGAAUUUGCAUUAGCAGUGGAAGCAGGAGUUGUUGAGAGAUGGCGAUUUGUAAAACAAUAAAAAUGGCGGUGCCUGGUAUUCUCACAUAUUUCCAUCUCCCCAGAACAUCUGCCUCCACACUGCAUACACUCAAUGCAUGUGAAUACUGUAGCAAUGAUGAAAGUUGCUAAAGUUUGUACUUGGGCCUAUGUUCGUACUUAUGAGCGGGAGGGACAACUUUUUUUUGUUGUUUUUCUGAUUCACAUCUCAAAAUCACAGUUUUUGCUUGACAGGCUCUUUAACUUCAGUCAGAGCUUUACACUUCACCCUAGCCUCUGUUUCUGCCCCCUUCUCUGUCCUCCAGUUCUCCUCUCUGCCUCCACUAAUGCUUACAUUAGUCUGAUGCUAAAACACACCACAAAACUAGAGCGGUUAGGUUUUAUUACUCCAGUGGCCUCUGGAGAAUGGUGGAUAUGAAUGGGACAAAGUCAGAGGUCUUUUUUUUUUUUUUGCAUUUCUUUUUUUUCUCACUUUCUCCUUUUUUAAUUCAUUUUGUAUAGACCAUAUGAUGUGCUACAGUUUUGUGUUCAAAGUCUGCGCUCUGGAGGGGACGUGAUGUGAUGUGGUGAUGAAGACCACAAGAGGGCUGUUUGAUGGUCGGACUUAAUCCAACUUUGAA